UUGUGCUUCUGGCGCUAAGGUCAGGAACAAGAUGGUGCCACCAGUGCAGGUCUCUCCGCUCAUCAAGCUCGGCCGCUACUCUGCCCUGGUUGUUGGCAUCGCCUACGGAGCCAAGCGUUAUAGUUACCUGAAGCCUCGGGCAGAGGAAGAAAGGCGGGUAGCCGAAGAGGAGAAGAAGAGGCAGGAUGAGUUGAAACGAAUCGAGAGGGAACUGGCAGAAGCCCGGGAUGACAGUAUACUGAAGUGAGAGGAGCCAGCAGUCUGCAUCGCCCCAGCUCCAGUGGAUGAAUAAAGCUUCUGAGUUA